AUGCUUCAUAUACCUUGUAUCUCAAACCCCAAGACUAUGGGGCCUGAUAACCACCGACAAAUUCGAAGAAUAGCGGACUUCCAGGUCCUCCCUCUUCUCCUAAUCGGUUUUGCCACAUAUCAAUUGGAUCGAACAAAUAUUUCAAGCGUAUUGACUGGCGGGUUUGCGGCUGCCAUCAAUGUGGACCAGAGUACAAUCAACCUCGGGAACCAGCUGAUGUUCCUGGGCGUUAUUGUCCUUGAAAUACCCUCGAAUAUGAUCCUGCACUCAAUCGGACCCCGAUGGUGGAUUGGCGGACAGGUCCUGAUAUUCGGCAUCAUGGCCGCGCUACAAAUCUUUGUACAAAAUAGAGCUGGAUUUCUUGUCACGAGGACAUUUCUCGGCUUAGCAGAGGCCGGAUAUAUCCCCGGUGCGAUGUACACUUUGUCAUGCUGGUAUACGAGGGAGGAGCUCACGAAGCGUAUCGCGAUAUUCUUCUUUGGGAUGUUCGGGGGUACCGCGGUUUCGCCGUUACUAGGUGCUGCAUUGUUAACCUUGGAUGGAAAGGGUGGGUUAUCAGGCUGGCAGUGGAUUUUUCUAGUGGAGGGUAUAUGGUCGAUACUGGUAGGAAUAAUGCUACUGUCCUUCCUCCCAGAACGACAAAACAUCCGACCAAACACACCCGCUCAUAAAGAAUCCUCGGAAGAUGAAGAGAAACAGCCAAGCGAUAUCACUAUCCAAGAAUCCCCCAGCCAAAGCCAGCACAUCUCCCUUGAGGUCGUCUGGAAAACACUAACCAACAUCCAAAAAUGGCCCCAUUUCCUCGCUACCGCCUGCGUCUUCGCAACUUGGAGUCCGCUCACAACGUACACGCCCACCAUCAUAAUGUCCCUGGGCUAUUCGCGCAUCGAAUCGAAUGCGCUAGCCGCAAUCGGAAACUUUAUCACUCUACCCGUCGUUCUGUUUUUCGCGUGGUUGAGUGAUAGAACAAAGCAACGCGGGCUUAUCGUGAUGGUUGCUAUUGCCUGCUAUCUGAUCGCGGUGGUUCUUCUCAGGUGUCUUCAGGCGCACGUUGGGAAAUGGGGCCGGUUUGGACUAUGGACGACGGUUAAUGGGUUGGCCGUGGGAUAUCAUCCGAUUCAUAACUCGUGGAUUCAGAUGAAUUGCAAGAGUCCGGAAGAGCGGAGUAUUAUUGUAAUGACCGCCACAGGAGGCCUUAUGGGAGGCCAACAAAUCUUUCGCAAGGACGAGUCCUCGACAGGCUAUCCCAGAGGAUUGGUGAUCAUGAUUGCUCUUAUUGUGUCAGGCCUAAUCCUAACCGCAGGACAGAUAGUUAUUUAUUUUUUCUCUAACCGUCGGAAGAGGAGAGUAGGGGAGUCAUGGGAACUUGAUGUUCUCUAAUCUAGCCCAAACAGCACACUCCGGAAUAGAGAAAAUAUAAACAUUAGAGUAGACUGUAUUGAAAUAAGAAAUCACAUAGAAAAAACAUGGUCCAGAUGAGUACUAUAACUCAAUUUGGGACCAAUAAAUCUGCUAUAAUGUUUGGCUAUAUAUACCCUAACGACCAAGACCGACCACAUUGACGACGAUCACUGGAAAAGUUCAACACAGUCGAAGACCUGCAAAAUCCUUGUUAGCUUGGUAGACGAUCGACCACAAGCAUUACGACUUACGAAGUUGGGGCUGAGGAACUUGUCCCCGGAACUUCCGGAAAUGACACUGAUUUUGAUCUAUGCGCGCAUUAGC